AUGGAGGGCCUUUUUAUCAACAUUGACUUUCCUAAUACUUUGUCUAGUGGCUACAUUGAGGGUAUUGUCCGGGGCUACCGCAACGACCUCCUCACAGGCUCCCAGUACAUGAACCUGACCCAAUCUGAUACUCUUGAAGACCUUAAACUUCAACUCUCAGCUACUGGCUACGGUAACUUUUUGGCCAACGUGCCCUCUCCCCUAGCUACCUCGGUCAUUCAGGAAAAGGCCUUUGGAAAGCUUGUGGAUGACUUUCGCUACGUCCGUGCACAGGCUACUGAGCCUCUCGCCAAGUUUAUGGACUUUAUUACUCACGGAUACAUGAUUGAUAAUGUGGCCUUGCUCAUCACAGGUACAGUCCACGACCGCGACCGUGAAGAAAUGCUUGCACGCGUCCACCCCUUGGGUUGGUUCGAGUCUCUGCCUGCCAUUUCUGUGGCUACUGAUAUUGCGUCGCUUUACGACAUGAUUCUGAUUGACUCGCCACUUGCACCAUACUUUAAGGACAAUUUGAGCGCUGAAGAGCUCGACGACUUGAAUAUUGAAGUCAUUCGUAAUAAGCUUUACAAGGCUUAUCUCCAGGAAUUUUACAAGUUUUCACAAACCCUUCCUUCCCCAACCAAUGAAAUUAUGGCCCGCUUGCUUGAGUUUGAAGCCGACCGUCGCACAAUCAACAUUUCCAUUAACUCCAUUGGUACCCAGCUCACUCGCGAAGCCCGUUUCUCACUUUUCCCAGAGUUUGGCUCUCUCUAUCCUUCUGCUGCUGAUGUUUUGUCACGCGCUGAAGACGUGGAACAGAUCAAGUUUGGCAUUGACACCAGUGGUAGCCCCACGGUCGAUUCAUCACUCUUGGACGGCAGCAGCAAUAAGUCUCUCGAAGACCAUUUUUACCAAAAGGAAAUGGAACUUUGCAAGGCCGCCUUUACCCAGCAGUUUACUUAUUCUACCGUCUGGGCUUGGAUCAAGACCCGUGAACAGGAAAUCCGCAACAUUACUUGGAUUGCUGAGUGCAUUGCUCAAAACCAAAAGGAUCGCGUCAAUAACUACAUUGCCGUCUUUUAA